CACAUGCGCAAUGCUAUUCCAUACAGAGCGUUCAGUAAGCCUUCCUGCUAUUGGUUCACUGGAUGGUGUGUACGCGUAGUGACGGAAGGGGGGCAAAUGGCGGAGGGAUGUUUCCCGGCCCUGUUUAAAUAAUAACAGCCGGAGGCCGCCCGGGGAUUUGCGGAUACUUUUCGUCCAGAAAGCUGUCUGCGCCGGAGGCCCCGGGGACACAGGCGAGAGAAAGCUAUUUGGUGUCACUGGAGCGUCAGCCACUGAGGAGAGAAAAGUAGAGGCCGUACUUUGGGAAGUCGAGGGAUUAGACCAGAAUAUGAAACAGGCUUCAAAAUGACAUCCAGAUUUGGAAAAACUUAUAGCCGCAAAGGUGGAAAUAGCAACUCCAAGUUUGAUGAAGUAUUCUCUAAUAAACGAACCACUCUUAGUACAAAAUGGGGAGAGACCACCUUUAUGGCAAAGCUUGGGCAGAAGAGACCUAACCAUAAGCAGGAUGUUAAAGAUACUCCUAAGAAACCCAAAGUUGAUGAUGAUCUCGCAGAAGAUCCAUUUGGCUUUGACAGUGAUGAGGAUUCAAUCCCAGUAUCAUCAAAAAAUGUCCCCCAGCCCAAGAACAACAUUCAACAACCUUUGGAGCAACUUGGGAAUGCAGACAAUUUUACAUCAAAAAUAGAAGAAAAUAAUAAAGCUGGACAGCCAAUCACUGCAGAAAACACAGUAUCGUGCAAAUUCAUUUCUUUUGAUAGUGCAUUGCAUGGACUGAGAGAAAAAAAUACAAAUAAAAUAGAAGAUGGGAAAAGACAACACAGUUCUCCUAAGAAAAAAAAUGUUACAGGUAAUGUGCAACAUUUUACUGAAGACAACAGUUACAGUUUUCCAAAGCGAUCCAAUAAUGGCAACAAGAAACCUAUUGAAGAAGCAUUGACAGACACAGUGUGGGACUUGGGAAAUGAAUCGGGAUCAAAUUCACCUUCAAAAUCAGAACAGAUAAAAGAGACAUCAACAGUGGUAUUUUACGAGUGGGAAGAACUAAAUCAAGAAAAUACAGACAUUUCUGAACUAGAAUUGAAUUCUGAUAUAAAUAGUAUUUCAGAAAGCAAGAAUGAUGAUAGUCUCAGCAAUAAGGAAAAAAAUUAUAAUGAAGAGGAGCAUGUAAGUGGAGAGGCAGUUCAAAGUGGUCUUAAACUUAGUAAUUGCAGGACAUACUGUCGUUCUAACAAAGUAAAGCAGUCACAGGACUCAUCCAAUUUUGAUAAACUUUUAGAUGGUACAAGCCAGCAAGCAACAAAAUCCAAUUAUGCAUCAGAAAAAGAAAGGUCAAAUCCUGUGGAUAAAAGUUUUAGCACUGGAACUAGAUCUACAGUGCGGACUAGAGACUAUACUGUUCUUCACCCAUCUUGUUUAUCUGUUUGCAAUGUUACUAUACAAGAUAGCAUGGAGCGUGGCGUGGAUGAGUUUACUACCACACCAACCACAGAUCUGGGAGAAGCAGGGCGCCUUCGAAAGAAAGCAGAUCUGGCAACAGCAAAAACAACAAUAAGAUUCCGUCCUGGAAAUCCUAAGUCAAAAAAAGAUGUCAAAUUGGAGUUUUUUGGCUUUGACCAAGAUGAUGGCGGUUCUGGGGAAGGUGGCUCAAAAUCUUUAGGGCAGUCAAACUAUAGAAUCAAAUAUUUUGGCUUUGAUGACUUAAGUGAAAGUGAAGAGGAAGAUGAUGAUGGUUGGCAUCAAAAGGAAAAAAAAGUUAAAAAUAAAACAAGAAGUGCUGUGGUUCCUUCAGAAUCUAUCCCUCCAAGCUCAGGUAUCGCUGAAAAUCUAAAGGACAAUCAGUCCACUUAUAACUCAGAGUUUUCAGAAGAUCAGCAUGCUGUGCCUGAAGUCUUCAAAAAGCCUGCAAGUAAACAAGCUGAUAAAAGCAAAGAUGGUGCACGGAAGAUUUUCAGUGGACCUAAAAGGUCUCCAACAAAAGCUGUGUAUAAUGCAAGACAUUGGAAUCAACCAGAGUCAGAGGAGCUUCCAGCUGUUCCAGCUUUAAAAUCUCAGACUGCACCAGCAAAGCCACCAGAUGCACCAUGCACAAAAGAUGAUGGAGUGUUUAAGGCUCCAGCACCUCCUCCUAAAGUAAUAAAAACUGUUACAAUUCCUACACAACCAUAUCAGGAUAUUGUGACAGCACUAAAAUGCAGGAAGGAGCACAAAGAAUUAUAUACUGUAGUUCAGCAUGUAAAGCACUUCAAUGAUGUUGUAGAAUUUGGGGAAAAUCAAGAAUUCACUGAUGAUAUUGAAUAUCUUUUAAGUGGGCUUAAAAGCAGUCAGCCCAUAAACACACGUUGCCUUAGUGUAAUAAGCCUGGCGACAAAAUGUGCCAUGCCAAGUUUCCGAAUGCAUCUAAGGGCGCAUGGAAUGGUAGCCAUGGUCUUUAAAACACUGGACGACAGUCAGCAACACCAGAAUCUAGCACUUUGUACUGCUGCACUGAUGUAUAUACUCAGCAGGGAUCGCUUAAACAUGGACCUAGACAGGGCGAGCUUGGAUCUUAUGAUCCGACUUUUAGAAAUGGAGCAAGACCCCUCAGCAAGACAAAUGAAUGAGAAAGAAAUGAAUAAGAUCAAAGAGAAAAUACGCAAACUGUGUGAAACUGUCCACAACAAACAUUUAGAUUUGGAAAACAUAACAGCUGGCCACUUGGCAAUGGAAACUUUAUUAUCUCUCACAUCAAAACGUGCAGGAGACUGGUUUAAAGAGGAGCUAAGACUUCUAGGUGGUCUUGAUCAUAUUGUGGAUAAAGUUAAAGAAUGUGUUAAACACCUUGAUCGUGAUGAAAGUGAACAAAAAUUAGUUGCUUCUUUGUGGGGAGCAGAACGAUGUUUACGGGUCUUGGAGAGCGUAACUGUGCAUAACCCAGAAAAUCAGAGUUAUUUAAUAGCUUACAAAGAUUCACAACUCAUUGUGUCUUCAGCAAAAGCACUGCGACACUGUGAGGAAUUAAUUCAGCGCUAUAACCGAGCUGAGGACACCAUCUGCAUUCCCUACAGCAAAUCUCUUCCUCACCAUAAUUUGUCUAGUAAUGUAGGCAAAGCAGUGGAGGACUGCAUGAGGUCAAUCAUUGGUGUUUUGCUUAAUUUAACUCAUGAUAAUGAAUGGGGCAGCACGAAAACUGGUGAACAAGACAAUCUGAUAAGCACUGCACUAAACUGUGUUCUUCAGGUUCCAAAGUUUCUACCUCAAGAACAGCGAUUUGAUAUUCGUGUUUUGGGCUUAGGUCUGCUGAUUAAUCUAGUAGAGUACAGCGCUCGUAACAGGCACUGUCUUGUCAACAUGGAAACAACUCAAUCUUUCGAUUCCUUCAGUGCAGAAGGGGAGGUGUCCGUAGGAGAGCCCAUGCAAGUUGAUGCUGUCCAAGCAUUGGUGCUGCUUUUCUUAGAGCGUGAGCGUGCAGCCCAAUUAGCAGAAAGUCAGACAGAUGAGCUGAUCAAAGAAGUUCCAACAUCACAACAUGACAAGAGUGGAGAAUGGCAGGAAAGUGGAGGAGAAAUCCAGUGGGUUUCUGCAGAAAAGAGCCCAAAUUCCGAAGAACCAGAAAAGAAAGAAGAGGAGGACGAAGAGCUUGAUCUUAAUAAAGCCCUUCAGCAUGCAGGGAAGCACAUGGAAGACUGUAUAGUGGCUUCUUAUACUGCUUUACUUCUGGGAUGUCUUUGUCAGGAGAGCCCGAUCAAUGUGACUACUGUGCGGGACAAUUUACCUGAUGGAGACUUUUCAAUAAUGACAGAAAUGCUUAAGAAGUUUCUUGGUUUUAUGAAUCUUACAUGUGCUGUUGGAACAACGGGGCAGAAGCCUAUCUCUAGAGUUAUUGAGUAUUUGGAGCACUGCUAAGUGUUGACCUUCCAACUGCAAGCCAAUGUUUAUGCUGGAUAUAUCCCUCUAAAAAGGAAGAAGUCAUGAAACAAUUCCCUAAAGAUGCACUGAGAUUAUUAAUCUGUGCUACUUUAUUUGAAAGACUGACAUGACUCCACUAUUUCCCAUACUGACUUGUAGACUGCUGUAACUCUCAGAAUGAAGAACAGAGGUGCUGGGGAGUGUUCAUUAGAAAUCAGGCAGUUUGUGCAUUGCAGUAUUUGGUUUGUUUUGAGUACAGUAACAGGGUUCAUUAUUUCUUUGGGAAGGGUUGGGUCAGGGCCAGUUAAGAAAAAUAUAAAAAUGACGAUAGAAAAAAAAAAAUGCUGCUGAUAGUGCAACUGCUGAUUACUGUUGAAAUACUGCAUUAUAUGCCAGCCAGGUACAAAAGCCACUCAGCUGGUAUGAGUCCAAUUAGUUGUGUCGCAUAGUAGUGGACAGCUACUUGCUUUUGUUUUUGGUCUUAAUUUCUGUCUGUGGAAUAGCUUUCAUUAAGGAAUGCCUCUGAGAUUCUGUAAAAACAAACACAAUGUUUGGGUUUGUUUGCAUUCAGAUAUUUGGCUUUUUUACUAGUAGCUUCCGAUCCUAACUAAACUUGCUGUUUUACUCCCUUAUGUCUAUUCUAUACAUGCAUUAUUUUUCUAUAAUUUAAGAUUAUUUUUUGUGUUGAUGGCUCUAACUAAUGUAAUUAUGUUAAUUUUUCUGCACCAUGCUGAUUAUCCUUAAAUGGCCAGAAAUACCAUCUUACAAGUAUAAAAUGAUUUGUUAAUGUACCACAACAGUUCCGUUUUACAUUGCCUACCCAUUUAGUUAAUAAGGAUGUAUUUUUAUAUUUUUCAGUAGUCCAUCUCAGGUGUCAUCUUGGACUUUAAAUAAGAAGAGAGAUGCCAUUACUAUGUUUAAACUUUCAUUGAGUUCAUUCUCCUCCUGUAUUGGAGUUGCACUCUUUGCAGUACUUUCUUAUACUUAAAGCAGCAAACGUGUGUUUAUCCCUGGCAGAACUGGAGAAUUGUUGCAGUAAAAAACAGAUCUGAUAAAGAAGUGGAUGGCUGAUUAGUGCUUUAAAGAAUUGUAUUUUUAAAAUUGCAGCGAAGUCCAGAUUUGGAACAGUCUAGAAGCUGAACUUCAGUGUCAAACUUGUCAUUCUGGAGUUUGUUUUGCCUCCACUUCACUGGCUAUUUUAAGAGAUACCGGUAUUUUAUUAGAACAUUGAAAAAGUAGGUGAACAUUUGGGACUAAUACCCAAAUUUGAAGGAAUAUUUUACCAGAAGUUUAAGGUUAUUUUUUCUCUUAAUAUCUCUUCCUUUGUGCACCAGGAACAUGACAGUGUGUGGCUAUAUAAAAAAAAGUAAAGCAAAGUAAUUAAAAAGCCAUAUUAAAGGCAGGAGAAACCGUUUGCUUCUCUGCUUACUUUGAGAGGUUUAAGUGGGUAUAAAGGCCAAGUACCCCUUUGACAUAGGCUUUAUUGUGUAAAAAUAGUUCAGAUGUUCUUAGCAAUAUUUAUAUGAAAAUUGUUAAUAAAGGAUAUACACUUUUAAGAAUCAUUUUUAGACCAACUAACCUUGUUUUUGCACUCAUACCCAUAAUUGUAAUCGUUACAAUUUUGGCAAAUAGGAGAGGUUAUAUGAGGGUUGUGUACAUUUUUCACUGGGUGAAUAUGAGCAAGUACAAUUCCUUUUUUUUCCCAAAGAGCGGCUAUAUCUAAAUGUCACAAACUUAUUUUGUACAUUUAGCCUUUUGUUUAUCGUUGAUGAGGAUAUUUUUAAUUGGGUUCAAAUACCAAUGAGUGAACCAUCAGUUUGACAAUUCACGGUUAAAGCAAUUCAGAUCAAUGGUACUGCUUCAGAACUUUAUGUUGGUGUUGUGUUUAUUUAAACUUUUAUUUCAAAUACGUUACAUACAAAUUUAGUUUAAAAGCCACACAGCUGCUCCACUUUUUUGUAUGUAGUCCUUCUUCAAGCAGGAAGAGUUGAUAUGCCUGUAGUAUUUCGAACAUUUUAUCAUUACAGUCAAUACUAAAGGCAAUAAGCCACAUUGUACAUUAUUCUUCUGUUAGGCCAUUAAAGCAAAAGGCAUUGCACCUUUUUCAAACAAGGAAAAAUAAAAUUGCUUUCCUUUUUAUAGUAAAAAACUAUUUUUUUUGACGGUGGGGGCUGCAUUGUGUUUUGCUCUUUGGAUCAGUAAGAACAUCCCUCAGGCAAAAAGAGCACUCUGAAUGGAUCUUUUAUGCUUAAAGGUAUUCUUUAUGCCAGAAUUGUAGGAUUUUUCUUCUUGGAACAUACUAGUUGCUCUGUCCUGAAAAUAUAUUACCUUGCUCUGUUUACAGGGGUCUUUCACCCAUUGUAAAAACCUGUAAAAGGGGCUUUUCCAUUAAGUAAACAUUUAGUUUGGCUUACCUUAGAUCAGGGGUCUCCAACCUUUUUUACUUGUGCCUCAUUAAAAUGUAAAAAUUGUUGGGGAGCAACACAAGCAUGAAAAAGUCUCUUAGGAUGCCAAAUAAGGGAUGGAUGAUUAGUAGUCUCUGCGUGGACUAAAUUUACAGGAUUAAAACAUAAGAGUUUGUUUCAAGGCCAUUGAGAGCAGCAUCCAAGGGGUUGGUGAGCAACAUUUUAUUCACAAGCCAUUGGUUGGGACUCACUAACAGAACAGGGCUACUUUUUUACAAAUUUUUAGCCUUGUUCCAGUCUGCAACUGCAAAUAGUGUUUAGGUCAUUGACCAUAUCAGGCCAACAUUAAUGUUAUCCUUAAUAAGUUUUAUUAUUUAUCUUUCUAUUUAGGUCCGCUAAUAUUUAUCUUCCGUUUUGACUUCCUUACUGCUGCCUUACUAGGGUAAAUAAAUGCUUGCAACCAGAUAGCAGGUAAAACCAAACAGCUGUGCAAUAAAUGCAUACAUUUAAAAAAAAAUGAAUUAAGAAUUUAGAAUGCCACUGUCUACAUUACAUUGAGGUUUGUUCAAAGGGUAACUACUGAACAUUUUAAGAUACUUUAACGUUUGCCUUUCUUUAUCUUGUUUACCUUGUUAGUUACUGUUUUAAGCCUAGACUAUCAGGAAGCAUGAAAUAUGAUAUUUAAAUUUUGCAAAAAUCAUAAAUGCUUUCCAGCAUCCAGAUAGCGCAAUUCUCGAAUCUUGUUACCCACACAAUCGUUUGUGUCCCCCAACACACCAUCAUUGCUUCCUGAACAGUGAAUUCUGAUAUCCAUUGUUAAUUAUAGUCAGGCAUUGUAGACAUUAACUAUAUGGGUAACAGCUGGAAGCCUUAUGCAGUUGCAGUAUAUGGGUUCUCUAUCUACAUACCCCCCAGUCCUCAUGGCUAUACCAAGCUGGGGAAUUUUGCCAUGAUGCAGUGUACUAUAAAUAAUUGGCUCCAUCUUUGAUCAGACAAGGACAUUGUAGGCGACUCAUAUAGAUAUUCAAAAGAAUCAAGUGUGAAAGGAACAAUUCAGUGUAAAAACAAAAGCAGGGUAAAUAGGUUGGUGUGAACAGAUGUCUGAACAGAACACAACUUCCUGCUUUUCAGCUCUCUAACUUAGUCAUCGACUUUAAGGGGGGGCCACGUGGGACAUAAGUGUUCAGUGAGUUUGCAAUUGCUCCUCAGCAUGCCCCUCAGAUUCAAUAGCAAACAGUUAUGACCCAUGUGCCCCCCCCUCAAUUCACUGAUUGGUUACUGCCAGAUAACCAAUCAGUGGAAACCUGAGAGCUGCUAAGCAGGAAGUAGUGUUUUGGCCAUUAUGUUACACAUCCAGCCACUCCAGCCUUUAUACAUUACAUUUUUGGCUAACUAACUACACAGCCUAUUUACCCUGUUUAUAUUUUUAUUCUGAACAAUUCCUUUAAGGAAUAAUGUGAAUCAAUAGUUGACAGUUUUGUCAUUUCUAUUUUGUUGUAUAAAUAUAAAGUGUCUUCUUUCAAAUGUUCCUUUUGCAUUUAUGAUAAUUUUAGACUGAACCCAAAUAUAUAAAUUGCAUGAUAACAUCUGCCAGGUUAUUAGCAGAAUAAAAUAAAUUUUUAUCCCAUAAUUCUUAUCCCAUAACAAAAUUAUUCCAUCAAUAUUUGUUAUUGUAUGAUUAUCAUCUUGCCAAGGGCCAUUCAGACUAAAAUAUGCAUUCUAUGCCUGCUAAAUGCAAAUAAUGAGUAACCAGUAGUCAUGUGGGGUCUGGUUUUUCCUGACCCUAACCCACCCUUUCUCCACCCAAUCGGCUUCCAACUUCCCUUUAUAGGCCUGCCCCGCCGAUGACAUGAGAAAAGGUGCAAGCAGGCGCGCAUCUAUGAAGCCAGCAGUUGAAGGUGGCGGGGAGAGCCACCCGCACAGGGGGAUGCGAGGUCGGCCCGACCAUAGAUAAACCCGUGGGUAUCGGGCUGGCCUACACAUCAAUAGUAACCAGUUAUCAACUUUUUAGAUUUGCUGAAGUACAGAAUCCACCGUGAAGGAUUUCACAAAAUACUAAUCUAAACUCAAAUGUACAUAGUAACUUUUACCAUGUUCUUUGUAAUUUAUCCAAAGCUCAACUUUUAUCAGAAAAAAUAAUUUUACAUUUUACAAAGCUUAAGUUAAUCAAGAGUUUGACCAAAAUCUUGCCUUUAAUAUUCAGAUUCAAGCACCAAAAAGUAAUGAUCUGAAAUAAAUUGUUGCAUUCAUCCUGAGCUUCUCAGCCAUAUGACUUUAUGUACUGGGAAUUGGUUAUUGCAAAGAUAUACUCAAACUUAAUCUGCAUUUAGAGCAACCCUUUUGUUAAAAGAAAAUUCACCUUUCUGCACUGUAGUUUUUGUUUUGGCAUGAAACAUUCCUUCUCUGCAUACAUGAAUUUAUACUUGUGAUUGGGGCAAUUCAUAUAACAUGGUUUACUUUCUCCAUGGAGAGCAGUAACAAAGGCUUUAAAACUUUUCUUGAAAGACAUUGUGUGGCAACUCUAUCACACAUCUAUAAAUAUAAGGAUGUUAAAUGCACAUUAUAUAUAGUGUGUGGUACACCACUUCUAUACUCUACCCAGGUGCAUGGCAAAAUUUACAUACAGCAUUCAAAAAGACCAGAACUCUGGGAUUUUUGUGCAAAGCAAAAGCAUUAUAUUUAUGUGAGCAUAUACAGCCAACGUGAUGUUUAGGUCCAUUCUGGGACCUUGUUUUUCAUAAAGUAGCACUGGACCGUAGCUUCCCCAUGUUUUUUAAGUUCAGAUGCCCUUAUCACAAGCAAGUUUUAGAUGACAUUUCAUCUGUUGUUGGCUUAAGUGCUAGCUAGCUAGCUUGUUCUUUCAUGUGAAUCUAUACAAUCUCCUUUUCUAUUGGUAACUGGUUGAAGAAUGCUGAGAUAACUGUAGGGCCAAUACAUGUGGCUAUAUGAGAUAUAAAUUAAUUCCUGUACAAUGUAAUUGGCACCCUAAGUAGCUGGAUAGUAACUGCAUUGGUGUUUUUUAGAAUCCACAUCCACUAUAUACACAUUACACCUGUUUCAAGGAUUGUUUCCUAGUGAUGCCUUCAGUAUGUAAAAUAAGCAUAUCUCUAAGAUUAAUAGUCUUACUGGGAACAAAUUUAAGCUUUUAAUUCUAAAAUGUCAUUGACAAUAUAUUGCAUCUCUCAAUGAUAUUGCAAAUCAUUAUCUUCAUACAUAUAGUGUAACUAAACUAAAUCUGGUUACAUAGAGACGAACCAGGUCUCCCCAUUUCUUUGUUUUGAUCAUACUUGUACACCAUAAAUCUGUAUUUGGGGUAAAAACACCAAAAUAUAGAUUUUUUUUUUAAGGGCAUUUUAAUCAAGGGGCAAAAAGUGAAAACAGUUUGUCAAGUACGUGACUAUUUACUUGUAUUGUACCACUGGAGUACCCCUUUAUAUACAUACGUAGAAUACAUACAAUUUAUUGGUCUACCAGCGCUAGCUGGGCCUAUUUUUGUGUGAUUUGAUGUACCCCACAGACUAACUGAUCAGAACAGUGGCAUCAAGCUAUCUGUUUUUGACAAUAUUGAUUAGUAAAUGAUUGAUUAGCUACCGUCAAAUCAACCUGAAUUUGGUCAUUAUUGCUUUGGUUUACAGAUGUUGGUUCCAAACAGAAGCAGUCAAAACUACCCCGUUCACCUGUUGCCGCAUCCCAUAGACAUAUAUCGGAAACACUUUAUAAGGUGACCUUUUCAAUGACCAGUCAAGUAUAAAAUAGAGUAUUUCCCAUAUAUGUAGAUGGAGGUGUUUUAACCACCACAGUUUUCUGUCCAAGCAUGGCAACAGUCAAUACAGCCCAUGUGUCUUUUACUACAAUAUAUCUGUGUAAACAGAAUUCCAACCUAUGUAGGAAAUACCAAUAUAAUAAAUUUUUUAGCCUACCUUUUGCAGUGAAGACCAGUAAUGUAUCCUUUUCAAUCUUUUAACCUACUGCCAUGCAUAUAUUUAACCUCAUAUAUAGCUCCAUUUUCUUAUGUUGAUAUUUGUAAUUUAAAAAAAUAUAUUUAAGGGGUAUGUUCACCGUUCUAUUAACCUUUUAGUUAAUGCUUAAAGUAGGUUCUCAGUCAGUCUGUUUUGUCUGGUUUUUAUGUUUGCAUUUCUGUACUCCCUUUUUUCAGCCUACAAAUGAAUAUCCAUAUUUAGGGUCAAUGUUUUAACCCCAAUGCAAAAAUGCUUACUUAGAGAACACCACAUAGUGCAGAAACGCUGACUGGCGUAGCAUCUGGAGUGAAAAUGCAAAACUGCUGAUGCCAUGCCUAUGUUUUUGCUAAAUGAGGCAGUUAGGACUUUCUCUGCUGGCGGUUUUACACCAGAGGAAAAAAAAGGCUGUCUGUUCCAUUGAUUAACAACCAUAUAGCAAUUAAUAUUUCAAUCCUUUAGAGAUGCAGUACAAAUGUAUAUAUGUCAAAUUACUAAAAGAGGGGAAAAAAUUGCAAAUUGUCCAGGAAUACUACUGUUAAAAUAGCAAAAGGUAAACACUCAAUUUAUUGGAGAACAAAGAAUCAAUCACUAGGAGUGCCAAGUUGUUACACCCAAUGAUUUUAUUUGCUUGUUUUCUGCCCCACGUGCAUUGUGUUGCCUGAGGAGCAACAAUGUGUUUUACACUUUUUUUGUGCAGUUGGGAAUCAUUAAAUUGAAUGUUUUCAAUGUGGCUAAAGUACUUAUUUAACAACCUGCAAAUUGGGACCUUUUAUAGCGUGUGUGCUCAUUGGUAACUAGUAACCUUAGUUGCAGGCUGCUUGGCCUGUAUUCUGCCUUUUCAUUUAGAUCUGGAUGUUGCUUAUUUACAGCCUCUGGUGCAGUCUUUACAGAUGAAUCUUUCAGGAAGUCUGGGGAUUAAAGUCAUUUUAACUGUAGCACAUUCAUCCAUUGAAGACCUUUAUCAACAACUCUGCUUUAAGCCUACUUGCAAGUCAACUAAGAAAAAACCCUUUUUCCAUUGUAAAUAUUUCUGUAAAUACAUGCAAUUGGAAAUAAGAAUGGUAUAGUACUUUUCUGAAUCCAAUCCUAUUUUUAUUUUAUACAGUAUUUCUCAGCUGUGAUCUUUGGAGCAAAAGCCAACGGCAGGAAAAAAAAAAUCAAGUUUGUACCAGUUUCAUGAAGUAUGUCUGUUUUUUUUUGUAAAUAAUUUUAACUCAAAUAAAAUUGCUACUUUCAGUAAA